UAUGUUUAACCCUAACCUAAUAGAGUUAUAUCAACACAAAAUGAAGAUUUGAGGAACUAAUAUCAAAUUACUAAAGAUUUAAGGGACUAAUAUUGAAAAAACCCUAAAAUUUGCUUAGUUCAUUUAAGAGGCUUGUCAUCUUUUAUUGAAUCCAAAGUUCGGGAGUGAUGCAUGCAAUUGGAUUUCUCAGUUUACUGAAGAGUCAGGUAAUAUGAUCGAUGAGGUCGUACUUCAAGCUGUUUAUGUGUCACCAUCACUGGUUGAUCGAUCGAUUGAUCUCAAAGUAAGCGCCGGCGAGCUACUUGAGAUUGAACCUCCCCAACUCGAAUUCCCAUUCGAAUUAGAGAAGCAGAUUAGCUGCUCUAUCCAGUUAUCCAACAAAACCGAUGAUCACGUCGCCUUUAGGUCUAGGGAGUCCAACUGGGUGGAUUACAUCGUUCGGCCCAGCAGCUAGAUCCUCUUACCUCGAUCAAUGUGCAAAGUUGUGGGUAUGUU